AUGCCAUAUACAAAACUUUUUUUGGCUCAGAGAAUUAAUCAAAUAAAUUCGUAUUGGACUAAAAGGGGCAGGGCUCUGGUGUAUCUCGAUAAAAAUUUUAUAUUAGAAUUAGAUAAAAUAACAAAGGAGACAUUAAAUAAGAUUAUUGAAUUUAAUUCAAGAAAUAAAAAAAUAAACAAGAAUUAUAUCGUACCUAGAUCAUAUUUCUUAAUAACCUCUUUAAUACCAGAAUGGUUAAUGGCCUUCCCCGAACAUAUUGGACAAAUUGCCGAGUUGACGGAAAAAAUUUUCUCAAAAAAGCAGAAUUUUAUUAGUGAAGGGCAUAAAAAUGCUAAAAACAUUGCGAUUAAUGAUUUGGAAUCCAGAAUUGGACCUUGGAUGAAGGCAUGUAAGAUACUAUUAAGCUAUGGUUUCACCAAACAAUUAAAUUAUAUUUUAUGCAAUUUAAUGGAUUCUAUAAACUUGGAACGUAUUAAAGCUGAAGCUUUGACAUCUAGGGAAUAUGUUUCAACUAUUAAUUUAUGUUCAUAUCUAAAACCCGAUUCGGAACCUGCAAACCAACUUAUGGGUUAUUUGAUAUCGAAAUUUAAAAAACUAGCCCCAAACAUGGGGAAUUUCGAUAUUAUAACGUCCUUAUCUGCUUUUUCUCGUUUUAAAAUAAUAUGUAAAAUCGGAUGGGAGGAUUUGCGAAAUACGUUGACGCCUUUUCUCAACAAUAUGUCUACAUUGGAGUUAGGAGUACUUCUAGAUUCUAUUGGACAAUUUAGAGUUCAGGACUCGCAUUUUUUUGAAAAAUUUAAAAAUGCCAUUCCAAUAGAUGAUUUCGAUGUAACAGGAAUGGCGAUUCUACUAAAGUCUUUAGUUCGACUAGAUUCACCAAGAAUUAUGGACAUGAAAUUAGUGUAUGGAAUUUUAAAGAAUCUCGACAUAUCAAAAGCAUCAUCCAGAUAUUUAACAACAAUGGCUCUGUCCCUAGGAAUAAUAUUAUCUCAAACCAGAAAUCUAGAACUUUUUAUCUUUUUCUUAUCACUUUUGGAGAGGAUUGAAAAUGUUAAACUGAAUUAUAAAGAUUCAACCAAAAUUUUAAUUGCAAUUAUGUGCGUUUGGAGCCCUGUAUACUAUUUUCCAUUAAAAUCUCUUAGAAGUAUAAUGCACAUCAUAAUUUCAAACUCAUCAAAUCAAAAAACAAUUGGAUUUUCUAAAAGCGAAAAUAUAGAAAUUCAAAAAAACAUUAAAAGUUUACAAGAAGCAUUGAAUACUACUCUUUCAUUGAGACUUGCAGGGCCAUAUGCACUGUAUGUUGUGCCCCAGUGGAUAUGCACUUUAGUUCAUUCAAAGUAA